AUGAAUGGAAAUACAAAGAAUAGCAACUAUGCCCCACCCUUGUUUCUCGAUGUCGAGGAUAAGACCGAGGAGGCGUUGACAAAGUUUCAGAGCUUGCAAAUUUCAACAUACCAACUGAAACUGAUUGCCGCACCGUCGAAUAAUAAGCAUCCCGAGUACAUGACAUGUGACUGUGAAGAAGAUUGGGACGGCGAGCAAGAAAUGAAUUUGGCGUGUGGUGAAGACUCCAACUGUAUAAAUAGACUCACUUCAGUUGAAUGUACUAACCGACAUUGCCUGUGUGGAGAUGAUUGUCAAAACCAACGAUUUCAGAAACGGCAAUAUGCCAAUGUAUCUGUUUUUCAAACAGAGCUCAAGGGGUAUGGAUUGAAGGCUAAUGCAGCCAUCUCUGAAGGACAGUUUAUUUAUGAAUACAUUGGAGAAGUUAUUGAUGAAGGAUCAUUUCGGAAACGGAUGGUUGAGUAUGACGUGAAAAACUACAAGCAUUUUUAUUUUAUGAUGUUGAAGCCCGAUGCAUUUAUCGAUGCCACUGAAAAGGGUUCACUUGCUCGGUUUGUUAACCAUUCAUGCAACCCAAAUGCAUUUGUCGACAAGUGGGUCGUUGGUGAUAAAUUACGUAUGGGAAUAUUUGCCAAGAGACGGAUUGCCAAAGGUGAGGAAAUUACAUUUGAUUAUAAUGUAGAUAGAUAUGGGGCUCAAUCACAGCCAUGUUAUUGUGGCGAGCCCAAUUGUAUUAAGUUUAUGGGUGGCAAAAAGCAAACUGAUGCCGCAUUACUAUUACCCGAGGGAAUUGCUGAGGCACUUGGCGUUACUUCAAGGGUGGAGAAGGCAUGGUUGAAGGAGAAUAAGCAUUUGCGCAGCGACCAACAGAAAGAUGACUCAACGAUCAAUGAAAUGUUUGUCCAGAGUUUGGAAGUCGAACCUAUGCAAGAUGCCGAUGCGUCUAAAGUCAUGGCGGCUUUGCUCAAGUCGCAGCAACUGCUGAUUAUUAGCAAGUUGAUUAUGAGAAUGCACAUGACAGAUGAUCCAGUCGUUAACUCUUUGAUGGUGAAAUUGCAUGGGUACAAGACAUUAUCAGGUGUUCUACAAAGUGCUGAAGAUGAAGUUUUGAUUAAAAUGAUUUUGGAGAUUUUAUCCAAGUGGCCAGCAAUGACCAAGAAUAAAAUCUCGUCAUCGCAAAUUGAAGAUGUUGUAAAGGAGAUUAAAGCUAAUUCAAGCAAUGAUGAUAUCAAACAACUAGCUUCAGACUUGUUAUCACAGUGGUCUGUUUUGGAAAUGGCGUAUCGUAUUCCUAAAAUGCCAACAUCUGACAAGUCAUUGAUGGAAUCAUAUGGGAGGGUUUCUAGAUCUCCCGAGCACCUGAAUGAUAAUACAUCUGGUGCUGCUGCGAAUUUUGAUCAAUUGGCAGAAAUUACAUCACAGCUGUAUUCAGCACCGGUAGGAUCAAUACCAGUGCCGUCAAUUUCAGAUCCUAAUUUUGGUUUACCUCCAAAUUGGCAAUCUCAAUUUGACCAAAACACUCAGAAAUAUUAUUAUUACAACGUAUUAACGCGAGAGACUACAUGGGACAAACCUGGUGUGACCAUACCUACGCGACCUAAACUUCCUACUGGACCCAGCAGCAUGAUUAAUCAACAACCACAUACGCCCCACCCAAACCAUCAGUACAAUUCACAACCACGCACUAACAACAACAAUAACAACAAUAGCAUUGAAGAGGAGAUUGCUAGACGUGAAGAAGAGAGGGAAAAACGAGAGAGGGAAGCACGGGCACAAGAGUUGGUGGAGAAGGAGCGUAAAUUGAGAGAAUUGAUUGAGCAAGCAAAGCCAGUCAGGGCCACCCCGGAGCCAGAUAAGAAAUCCAGACAUAAACACAUGCAUAGACAUGAGUUGAGAAAAUCUAAACCUGAAUUCGAUGGUGGUGAAGCUCGUGCUGGUAAAGAGCACAAACACAAACACUCAUCACAUCAUCACAAGAAAAAGAAGGAAAGUAAAGAGUCAUCGCUCGAGUCGCAAUGGAAACACGUCAUGGCUAAACAUGUGCCUAAUUUACUUAAAUCAUACGUUGACGAAAUAGGCAAAGAUAAUGUCAAAGGAUGUGCCAAGGAAAUUGUCAAUACUUUGGCUGCACGGGAAUCAAGCAGGGGGGCAGCACCAUCAUCGACUACGGAGUUGGAUAAACAUAAAUUGAAGAAGUUGAAGGAGUAUUCUGAUACUUAUAUGGCGAAAUUCUUGACUAAAUACCGCAGCAAGCAUUUGCACGGAAAGAGGAAAUUGUACGACGAUCAUGAUGAUUCAGCGGAGGUGGGGGUGAGUGAGACAGUUAGUCCGUCUACCAGUGAUACUCCCAAUGGUACAGGAGAAGACAAUAAGAAAAUCAAGAUUUGA